AUGACCUCAAGACGUUCAGAGGUGGAAAAGUUCGAUGGAGAAGGAGACUAUGUUCUCUGGAAAGAGAAGUUGCUGGCUCACAUGGAGCUACUGGGUUUGUUAGAAGGACUUGAUGCUGAAGAAGUCGUCGAUGUGGAAGAUUCUACAGCUGAGAGAGACACGACAUCUGUGACUGAAGCUUCUGACAAACCGGAAGACAAGAUUUCUAAGGCUAAAACCCUCAAGGAGAAGAGAGGGAAAGCGAGAUCUACUAUCAUACUCAGUCUGGGAGAUCAUGUUCUCAGGAAGGUCAUAAAGGAGCCGACUGCAGCAGGAAUGCUCAAGAUGUUGGACAACCUGUUCAUGGCCAAGUCACUACCCAACCGGAUAUAUCUCAGCAGCGACUGUACGGAUACAAGAUGUCUGAAAGCAUGA